UUGAUAAAAUCCAUCAAGCAGACGAUUGAAGUUGUCCUGGAUUACAUUCUGGAGACUUUUGCAACCUCGCCAGAAGACGUCUCGCCCGGUAAAAAAGAAAAUAUCAUACGCGAUUGUCGUGAUUCUCACAAGGCACACCACAUUCCAUACAACGCCGCAAACACAUCAUAUGUGUGUAUGCUGUGGAAUGACGAACAGCAUUCAUUCGAUGAGGUGAUCAACGUUGUGUCUAGCGCAAUCCAGUGUAGCAAGGAACACGCUAUGAGAGUGGCUGAAGAAGUCGAUACUUAUGGACGCCAUCUUGUGUUUAGCUCAAACGACCUCGACGAGGCUAUUAAAGUUGCAGACCAGAUUUACGAAAUAAAGCUUGCUGUCACCAUUCGUUCUGUGCAGACAAGUGUCAGAGAAGAAAUUUCCGGGCUACUUCUGGACUGGCUCAAAGACCUU